GAAUUUUGUUAAAUUCAUUUUUCUUAUUGGAACAUUGUGACAAAAACUUUAAUAAUGAUGAUGGCCAGUGCGAAGUUGAUGCGGGAGUGCAGCUCGGAGCUGGGCUCAGAUGUGCGCUCUUUGUCCGUGGCCUCGUCCUCAGAGGAGCAGGAGUCCACCACCGCCACAGAGUCCGAUUAUUCCGAAGAAGAAAAAGAAUACGAAUUAGAUGAUUUGCAGAUUUUAAAAACUAUAGGUACGGGAACAUUUGGGCGGGUGUGCCUGUGCCGGGACAAGGCGGCGGAUGAAUACCUGGCGAUGAAGAUCCUGUCUAUGGCCGACGUCAUCCGCCUGAAGCAAGUUGAUCACGUCAUGAACGAGAAAAACAUACUCGCAGAAAUCAAUCAUCCCUUUAUUGUUAAUCUGCGAUGGUGGACCCACGACGACUCCUGCCUGUACAUGUUGUUUGAAUACGUGUGCGGCGGCGAGCUGUUCUCCUACCUGAGGAACGCGGGGAGAUUCAGUAAUAGCAUCGGUAACUUUUACGCGGCAGAAAUAGUAUCGGCUCUAGAAUACUUACAUGCGAGAAACAUCGUGUACCGAGACCUCAAACCUGAGAACCUGUUGCUAGCCAAAGACGGACAUUUAAAGAUAACCGAUUUCGGCUUCGCGAAGAAACUGACAGAUCGUACGUGGACGUUAUGUGGAACACCAGAGUACUUGGCACCUGAAAUCAUUCAGAGCAAAGGGCACAAUAAAGCUGUGGACUGGUGGGCACUAGGUGUGCUUAUUUAUGAAAUGUUAGUCGGCUACCCGCCUUUUUACGACGACAACCCGUUUGGCAUAUAUGAGAAAAUCCUUAACGGUAGAGUUGAUUGGCCGCGUCACCUCGACCCCAUUGCCAAGGACCUUAUCAAGAAGCUCUUAGUGCAAGACAGAACAAAAAGGCUCGGCAAUAUGAAGUGCGGAUCUGAAGAUGUUAAAAGGCACAGAUGGUUCAAGCAUUUGGACUGGGCGGACGUGUUCAUGAAGAAAUUACAGCCACCCAUAAUGCCGACGGUCUCGUACGAAGGAGACACGUCCAACUUUGACGAGUACCCCGAAACUGAUUGGAAGGCGGCACGCGCGCUCGAUCCUGACGAACUUAAACUCUUCUCUAACUUUUGAUGCACUUGCAUAAUAAUUUAGACUUCGAAUAUUUUUAAUUCUGUACCUAGCGACAGACGUUUACAGCCAUUUACCAUUUAGAGCUAGAAAUGGAAAUUGGAAAUGGUUUAGUUGAUUUAACUCCUUUUGACUUUAAAAAGUUGUUAUCUCGUAAAUUUAUUUGUUUUGUGUUUAGUAAGAGCUACUGAACUAUGAAGUGGCUGCCGUUUAUACAUUAUUUUAUGUGUAGAACAAUAUAAAUUAUGUUCCUCUUGCA